AUGACGACAGCAACUUCCAACUCCAACUUGGACUCUAACGUUCCUACCAUCAACAAUGGCUUCCUGGUUUUGCAUCCUUACUUCCAAUACUUUCAUCCCUCCGACCCUUACGUCAUUCAUGAUGACGCCACUACCAAAUCUUGUCCUUGGAUUCUAGAAACAGACCCCGGAAGAAAGUUCAAUGUUACCUGGAGAGUUCCUUCAAGCACCCUCUUGCUCAUGGACGGUUCCGAUUUAGUACCUUUGAAUGAUGAUUUGGGCAUCGGCAACCACCAGCACCCUAACUACUCACCCAUCCAACCGCAACACCAACAACAUCUUCUUCCUCCUCCUUCCUCUUCAACUUCUUCUGCAACAUAUUGUGGUUACGCGUGGAAGUUCGUGGAUGGCGAGGAGGAGAUGUUCUAUGCCGCCUGCGUGUCCGGGGUCAAGAAGCCGCAGAUGAGGUUCUUCCUUUCCAAGACAAAUCGCCUGGAGGUACAUUACACGGGAUCGUCUCAAAAACGAGAACACGCGAGGCUGCCACUACUCGAAUUCAAAGUGGUCGGCUGCAGCCACUACAAGCCACCUGACGGCACAUUCACAAAUGGACAUGAAGACAACAUGAACGUCGUUUGUAACACGUCCGGUCAAGUCUGGCACGUGACUUGUCAAGAUGGGAUUUGGAAGGGAACUGUUGGAAGCUGCAAUGGAGGCAACCAGGCACGCGAGAAUGCAGCUGUUCACAUAAAACCAUCUGCCAUGCCAAGACUGGAAAUGAAACUGGAUAGAGGUGUCAUAACGGCUGUGCUGGUUGGAAUACUGCUCGGUGGAACAUUUGGUGCCAUGCUGUUGCUGGGCAUAUUCAUUCUCAAGAGAAGAGAAAGUUCCAACCGCAACAGAUUGCAGCACAAAUCCAGCAGCAACAAAGCUAACAACAACAAAACAACAACCACCAACUUCAAUGAGACCAUCUACAACACUCCACCGAUGAACCAGCAUCACGUUCAUCCUGAUUACCAGCUUCAUCGGCAGCAACAGCUACAAAUGCAUCCACACAAGCCACAACAACCACAAUAUCGUCAAAUGAGCAACAACAGCCUCAACAGAAACACAGACAGAGAACACUUACAACAACUGCACAUCUCUGCUGACGUCAUUUCCGCUUGCCACCGUUGUUACGACGACCAUCCGCCGCCUUCCUAUUCGCUGGAUCAGCAAACCACGUGUACCUGUUUAGCCAAUCAACAAUCGCCUACAUGUUGCUACAGUGAUCAAACUAAACUUAUUUCUUUCACAGGAACGUCGCCAGAAAUAUCAUGCUGCCAUAGAAACUCCAAAAACGACUUGACUGCGGAAGGAUCUCUAGUGCUGACGAACAUGGCAGACAGGACGCCUGGUCACGUGAUCGAUGACGACAUCAUGGAGGGCGGGAAGAGCACAACAUUGAGCAGGGGCUCGUUGAGGAAGUUUUCGAAGAAUGAAUACCUGGCGGUGAAAAGUGAUGAAGUGGAUGAUUAA